AAUCGAUUAAACGCAGGUGCUGGUGUUGGAAAACGGUUUUUCCGUGUAGUUCACGUUGUUCCUCAGUUGUUCCACAAUCACAAGAGCAAUAAGAAGUCUCAGGAAAUCACCAAUGACGAUAAUCACUCAUCAGUGAAUUUUUUAUAUUUCAUAUCAAUCGAAUAUUGAGGAAUCGAGACAUUGACUGAAGAAAAAGUGAAUUUUUCAUGUAAUUUGUUGGAGAACUUAGGGUGAUUUUAUCUUUCAUGUGUCUGUGGAUAUAGCAUCGGCUUUAUGACAUCCGGAAAGGAAACUAUGGGUGAACAGCCAAUCUUCACAUGCAAAGCGCAUGUGUUUCACAUCGACCCCAAGACCAAACGGUCAUGGGUAUCAGCAUCAACUGCUGCUGUUUCUGUAUCGUUUUUUUAUGAUUCGACGAGGAGUUUGUACAGGAUUAUUUCGGUGGAAGGAACAAAGGCUGUUAUUAAUAGCACAAUCACUCCCAAUAUGAUGUUCACCAAGACAUCCCAGAAGUUUGGACAGUGGUCUGAUGUCAGGGCUAACACUGUUUAUGGAUUGGGAUUUUCAUCGGAGGCUGAACUGGGAAAGUUCAUCGAAAAAUUCCACGAGGUGAAAGAGGCAACAAAAAUAGCUGGUGCAAAGCUCCAAUCGAAUAGUUCAUCGGUGACUCCAUCGACUAGCGCCAAUGUCAGUCCAAUAACUCAACGCUCUUGCAUGCCAUCGAACGAGCAAGAUCUCAUCGAUCCCCCAAAUUCGUCAAUGAUAAAUUCCAACUUAUCCGCCUCGAACAAUCCAAAUCCCAAUGCCAACAUGAUAUCCACGCAGAACAGUGUGUCAUCGGUCAGUAGUAGUCCAUUACCCGGCACUUGUCAGAAUAAAGUUGACGAGGAGCUGAAGAAUGCUGUGCAUGCAAGGUCACAGCUUAUAAAUCAGCAGCAGAAUACAGAGAGUCCACAGCAUCAGGGAAAACAGGGACAAAUGGGGGCCAAUCAGGGACAGAGCAUUGAGAUGCAAUUGAAGUAUGAAAAUGACAGGCUAAAGCUUGCAUUGGCACAGAGUUCUGCUAAUGCCAAAAAAUGGGAGGUCGAGCUUUCAACUCUAAAAAUGAACAACGCGAGAUUGACUAGUGCCCUUCAAGAAUCAACAGCGAAUGUCGACGAGUGGAAACGACAAUUGCAACUCUACAAAGAAGAAAAUAUGCGUAUAAAAGCUAAAUACGCAGAUCUUGAGGCUGGAAAAGUGGCAGAAGGUAACAGUGAGGCACUCAAACUACGUGUGGAGGCACUGGAGAACGAGUUGAGAACAAGAAAUGAAGAAUUAAAAGCCAUGACCAUGGCCACCAAGAACAAAGACUUCGUGGCCCUCCAGAAGGAGAACGACGAGCUACGUGAAAUGGUAACUGUUGUCCACGAGCAGCUGGAGCUUGCAAUGAGUGGAAACAGAGUGCAGAAACAAAAUUUGGAUACUUUGAACACACGAUUAGCUGGUUAUAUUCAGGAUUUGGCGACAGUGCAUCGAGAAAUAACCAAUACACUCCAGACAUAAGUAAACAUUCUUUUUUUAUUUGAAAAGAAUUUAAGGUAAUUACAAUUGUGACGCAGGACGUGACGACCUGAUCAUGAAAUAAUGAAAAUGCAGGAUAUGAUUUUGAAAAAUGAAUGGGGAAAAAAAAAUCGGAGAAACGAAAAAACGAAGGGCCAUGUUCCAAAAAAAUACAUAUCUUAGUGAACUCCUUCCAGAGAAAUUUCCACUGUGCCACUUUACGAGGGUUACCGCUUAGUACAGAAUGUGCCAGAUAUUUUUUUUCUUUAAUUUAUCAAUUAAUUAGGGAAGGGUGAAAUGCAAGAGGAAAAAUAGUUGUUGAAUUCAAAUUAUUGUGGAUUAGAAAUGUUAUUUUUUUUUUAUUGAAAAAAAAAUGUUUUUGGUCAAAGUAGUCGACGAUAUGUCAUUUGGUUCGUGAUUUUUUUAAAAGCCUUUGAUGCUUUUGUGGAGAAACUAAUAGCAUUUCUUAGAGCAGACUUUAACAACGAUCUUUUACACAUCGUUGUCAAGCACAAUCCGCCAUAGAUACAUAAAAGUAUUUAAAAUUGAAGAGUGAAUUAACGAUUUUGUUUUUAAGGUGUAAUCAGUUUCGUAUCAGUGGGUUGAUAUUAUUAAACAUAAUUAUUAAUAUAAUUUUUUUUACAAAUGAGACUGAUCCUUCUUUUAGGGUAUUUUGUGUUUCUAAUGACUCGAUUUUUGUCGUUUAAUUGAUUAAUAAGAGGUUCAACAUGUGGAGGAGUUGAGGAAAACUGAUCAAAGGAGGUAAACAUAUCAGAACUAUUGAUAUGGAAUGUCGACAAGAUGCUGUAUUUUUUUUUUGGAAACUGCCCCUUUGAUAUUUGUAGGAAAAACUAUAAUUUUAGAAUUGACGAAUUUCGCGUAUAACAAUUAGCGAAUAAUUAAAUGGCUCAUUUAAAUCAAAUGACAAAUAAUUCACCAGAUUUGUUUGGGGUUUAUUGUAUCUUCGAAGGGAAGAUUAAGAUCGCCGACAGUAUUUCCCUUUCAUUCAAUAUUUUGAGUAAUAGGGAAUUUGUACUAUGGGACAAAUAAUUCUCUCUUACUUUUUCAAUUUUUCGAGAAUUCGUUUUAAGAAUGAGUAAUUAUGAACGAAUUAUGACGAAUCAUCGAGAUGAAAUUGUUCUUUUACUCUCUGGAAAGAACACAUAAAUGAAUGAAUAAAAAAAUGCUUCAUGCAAGUUCCCUAUGACUCUCCAAAAUUAAUGAAUCAAGAGAUUGUUUGGCACAAGGGAGCCAUUGAUACUUAUAAUUUAAGGAUGAAUUUUCAAAUCGCCUGCAGUACGUCCAUUUUUUUAAACAGAUUAUUCAAUACAAUUUGCCAACAAUGUUCGCACAAUUCUAGCUGAUCACCAACAUUGUCAAUUUUUUGAAUGAUUUAUUGAAACUUUAGUUGCCACAAUUACCAAUAUUUUGGUAAAAUUUAUUUACUAUUUUCCCUCAACUAAUAACAUUGUCAGUGGGUAUUGUUGGACGAAUAACUGACGAAUGUUAAUUUAAUAAAAAUCAGGGAAAACUACAAAUCUGAGCUUCGCUUCCUCAAAACUUAGCCAAUGACACUCUCGUUUUACAAUUAUCACUGUUAUCAAAAAAAAGAAAAAAAAAUGAAAAAAACAAAAAAAAAUAUUAAAAGAGACUCAACGAAGUUGUUGAUGAAGUUUAUACAGUAGUCAUCUAGUCCUCCUCGUAUACGUGAGUCUAUGAACAAAAAAUAGUGAAAAAUGAAAAUCAUGAGAGACAAUGAAAUAUUAUUCAUAACAAAAAGCAGAUGAGGAUACGUGAGAGCGAACGCGCAAGUGCAGUUAAUCUCCAGUAAACUACUAUCAAAUCAUACUAGGACUUUGUUGUAAAUUUUACUAAUACAUUUUUGGCAUUUACAAUAGUUGAGUGGAAUAAAAAUGGAGGGAAUAAUUAUUAAAAUUGCACGAUCAUUGUAAACACCGAUCGGUCCUAUUGGGAUGCGCUGAGGGGUGAGAAGACUUGUUCAAUGGAGCAAACGAAUUAAAUUGGGUAAUUAAGUCAUUUCAGGGAGAAUAAUCAUUUUUUUUCCAUUGAUUUUUCCCAUUUAUUAUUUCAAUUGGAGAUUUAUUCUAAACAUCACUGAUCUACAGGGAUAUACCCUCCAUCGCAAGUUUUUUUUCCCUCUCAGUGCGAUAAACGAAUGAGAUAAUUUAUAUUUUAAUUAAUUCAAUUAACGUUAAAUUAAUACACCCGUCGAUUUAUUUAAUGAAAAAUAUAAGUACGCUCACUGUAAGACAAUAUUUUUCAAUUAAUUUUUAAAAACUAAUCUUCCAGGAUUUUAACUUUGUACUCUUGUAUGCUAAUUAAUGAGCAGCCAAUAAUCAUCGUAUUAAUGAUUCUAACGAUAAUCAGUGUUACGAUUCUCAGUGGCAUUUUACGUAUAUUAAUUUAGGAAUUAAUUUAGAAAUGAUAUUAUUUUUAUUGAUGUUUUGGAAGUUGCUUUUUUCGGCUGUUUUUACGUUGUGAAAUUGUGGUAAUUGCCGUUGAUUAAUGACUCUUAAUAAUUUCGAUUUAAUGGGCAAACGCGAAAAGUGGAGAGGGAGAGGUAAAAUUGAAAUACCAAAUAUUUAUUCCUUGAUAAGAAGUAAUUAGUCACAUAUUUAAACAUUUUAUAUGAAAGAAAGAACAGAAAUUAUACUUUACACAUGUUUUUAAUCCUUGAGAAUGAGUAGAUGAGUUUUUAAAAUACGUAAGUGAUGGUGGCAUUUUUGGGGAAAAUGUGAAAAAAGAAAAUAAAUAAAAUCAUGUGAUUGGGUAAUUAGGAUGCACAUGAGGUAUUACUGAUUAUUCCGUUUGAAAUGCCAAUUAUUAGUCCAAUGAGUUGCCACACAGUUUUUAUUCACAUAUACAAAUGAAUCUCGUUAGAUCGAAUUAAUCGUUUAUUACUGUAUCAUUUUUAAGAAUUCAUGAAAAUGUUCCUCAAUUGGAUGAUCGGUACAAACUAAUAACAAUGUAUAUACAACACUUGUUUUAUUUAAUUGAAUGGGGAAAGCAGCAGAUGAAGAGGAUUUUGGUAAAAUCAUCAGGAGGACACGAUUUCCUUGAGGCGAAUUAAUAAAUGAACUAAUAACUAUGCAAUUGUUUGUGAAAUUGUGGAUGUUUUUAAGAUGAAGCGAGAGAAAACAAUGUGGAUAAGUAGUGAUUCAAAUGGAAAAUGGACACAAUAAAAUAUUGAUGAAUAAAUUAA